CUUAAAUUGCCCAAUUCCCCUUUCAAACCCCAAAUUUUCCUCACGAGACUAAACACUUGUUAUUAAACGCGCCGCAAAAUGCACUGGCCAACUCUCUUGGCCUUGGCUGCCCUAUGCCAACCGGGCCUUGCCUAUAUAGGCGGCUACACCGAAGGCGCCGCAGAAAGGCCGACGAACGUCACCGGCCUGCAUUACCAGUACUACAGCUCAAUUGGAUCGUACUACAACGGCACGCUGACGAUCCGAAUCCACCCCGUGUACAACCCGCCGCCACGGUACCAGGAUUUCGCCGACCACUAUGUCUGCGAGGAGUUCGAAAACAAGACAUUCGACGUCGAGAUGAAUGCCAUGGCAGGCUUCAAGAUGCAGCCCCCGAAAUCGGCGCCGCAUGUGAAUCCUUUUAUUCUCGAUAUCGAGGUCUGGCCGAAGCCGUAUGCGCUGAGGUUACCGCGGACGGACAACUAUACGAGCGACGAGGCGUUUACGAUUCUUUCUGAGUCGGGUCUCGACUCCGGCCCGCGCUGGCGCCUCAACAUGUCCACACCACGAAACACAACCUCUAGUGGUAGUUCUACAACAACCACGAGUACCGGCUACCGCUUCACCGGCAAAGCCAACACCAACGACACGCUGUGGGACCAGACUUUCGUCUUCAACGUCACAGACACCUGCACGCCGCUGUCGUCGCUCGACGGGAUGCUCUACACCGGUAACUUCCUGCGACCCGACGACAUGGACAGCGAGCUCGUCUACGACUGGGUGACAAGGGAGCUCAGGUCGCUCCCGGCGCUGUCUGGGUCGUUUGACGGGGAGACUGCGUGGGUCCAGCUGUCCGGGGCCUUUUCGGCGCAUCGCCGUGGCGGAAACGAGAUUGUGGGGCGGGCCGAGCUGGUGUUUUCGGGGCGGAUCGAUGCGGAGAGGUCGGAUGGGUUGCUUCUGGGGAGGGAGGUGCCCGAGUGGAAUGCGACGCUGGGGUUUGGCGAAAGGGACGGCGUGGCUGGCCUGCAAGGGAAUGGCGGUUCUAGAGUGGGGUGGAGGACCGGUGCGUUGGGGCUGGUUGGCUUGGUGGGUGGAUUGAUGGUUAUUUGAAGCCGUGUUGGGUUUUAUGUAUUCUAGUCUAAUAAUCGCGCAUAUGUAUCAGGCAACAUGCUCAACCUCGACCAGACUCGAUGCCUUGGCCUUUUGGCCAUCCCCUGCGAACCGCAU